CUCUAUCCGAUCCUCCGAAGGCUUUGCGAGAGGAGAUGGUGUGAUGGAACCCAUCUGUCAAAGAGAGACGACGUUUCAUCGCGAUCUUAAGAUGUAAAAUUGCAAAAGCCUAACUAUUCCAACGUGACCGCUCUUAUUGCGGUCAGUUUUGGCGGGAAAAGAUAUGACGGCCAACAACGCUAAAUUGGAUCAGAGAGAAACGCCGCCGCAGAAUAAUGCGGCUCUACAGCAGCCGCAGGAGUCUUUGGAACUUGCAGCUUCUGGUCCUGAUCAAAAAAACUGGCGGGGCAUUGGAAUAGCUCUUUUAGUCAUAGUAGUAGUAUGUGCUCUUAUAGUUGCAGCUAUAGUGCUUCUUACCCCAGGUGACAAAGGUUCAAAUGUCAAUAAAAGCAGAAUAUCUUUAGAAGAAGUAGUCAAGGGUCAAUUUAGCUAUAGAAGAUUUAAUGGUACUUGGAUAUCAGAUCAUGAGUUUGUUUUUCAAGAUGCUUAUGGUGCUAUUGGUAUUUACGAUGCUACAAAUAACUCUGAACAAGUUAUUAUGUCUAAUACGACAUUUAGACAGUAUAGCAUAUCUCAGUACUCACUCUCAGCUGACAGACAGUACCUUCUUUUAUCUCAUAAAUAUGAAAGGAUUUUUAGACAUACAUACAAAGCAGCUUUCCUGUUAUAUAACAUCACUAAUGAUUAUUUAGCUCCUCUUUUCCCUAAAACUCCAGAGUUAAUCUUGCAGUAUGCUGCUUGGGGACCAACUGGUAAUCAACUAGUUUAUGUUCUGGAUAAUGAUGUUUAUUACAUGUCAGAUGUUAAUGCUAAACCUCGUCAAUUAACUAAAACUGGAAUUGAUGGCAUCAUAUUUAAUGGCAUUCCUGAUUGGGUUUAUGAGGAAGAAAUUCUAAGCAGCAGUAAUGCAAUCUGGUGGUCAAAAGAUGGAAAGAAACUUAGCUUUGCUAGUUUCAAUGACACAGAUGUAGACAUAUUGCAGUAUCCUCAUUAUGGCUCUUAUAGUGAUGUUAAUAAUGUGUAUCCAGAGCUUAUGAGUUUAAGGUAUCCAAAGGCUGGUAAAACUAAUCCUAAUUUUACCAUAUGGGUUGCGGAUUUAACAGCUACAAAAGACCUUACUAAAGUUCAGCCUCCUAAAGAAUAUAACAACAUGGAAUUUUAUUUUACUGAAGUUCAGUGGGCUGGAAAUGAUGUAUUAUCAGUAGUGUGGUUGAAACGAGCUCAGAAUUCUUCAAUUGUGAGCUUGUGUCAUGAAAAUGAUAGUUGGAUGUGUAAAAAGAAUUAUCAAGAAGACAGCCAUGGACAUGGAUGGGUUGAUCUGUCUACAAAAACAAUAUUUUCAGCAGAUGGUAAAAAGUAUUUUCUCAGGUUACCUGGUCCUCCAGAAGGCCAACUUGGACGUUUCAGGCAUAUUGCUGAAGUUGAUGUAAAGACUGGAUCAAAAACUUUUCUUACAAGUGGCAAGUUUGAUACUGCAUAUAUUUUGGCACAUGAUGAAAGCAAGCAUAUUUUAUAUUAUAUCACAACUCUUGAAGGCAAACCAGGUGAGAGACAUCUUUUCAGUGUAGCAGACAACAGCCAUCCUAAACCAAGGCAAACUACCUGUUUUACUUGUGAUAUCAGCCCAGAAUGUUUGUAUAAUGAUGCCAAUUUUAGCCCGAAUUUGACAUACUAUAUUCUAGAUUGUUUAGGACCUGGAAUUCCAAGAGUAGAAAUUCGUUUAACUGCGACUAACAAAAUUGUUUCUGUUUUGGACGCUAAUACGGAACUGCAAGAAUUUGUUGAAAGAAAAGCAAUGCCUGUAAUUAAAAAUCUACAUGUGCCUAUUGAUGGAAAUUAUUUUGCAAAUGUGCGUCUUUAUUUACCUCCAGUCUUAAAAGAUUAUGAAAUAACAAAAUAUCCUGUUCUGGUAGAAGUAUAUGGUGGUCCUGGAACCCAGAUGGUUACUGAGAAAUUCACAGUGAAUUGGGGUUCUUAUUUGGCCAGCAAAAAGAAUGUUGUUUAUGUCAAUAUUGAUGGAAGAGGAAGCGGUUAUCAAGGAGACAAAAUUUUGCAUGAAUUAUAUCGUCAGCUUGGUACUGUUGAAGUAUUUGACCAAAUUUCUGUAGCUAGUUACUUGAAAGAACAUCUUACUUAUAUUGAUGGUAAACGUAUGGCAAUCUUUGGUUGGUCUUAUGGUGGUUUUGCCUCAGCUUCAGCUUUAGCAGACGAGGAAACUGUCUUCAAUUGUGCUAUAUCUGUGGCCCCUGUAACUAGUUGGCUAUAUUACGAUUCUGUUUAUACUGAGCGCUAUAUGCAGAGCCCUUCACCAAAAGAUAACUUUGUAAAUUAUGAGAAGUCGGAUGUAAUGAAUAAAGCAUCUAAUUUUAAAGGAAAGAAGUAUCUCCUUGUCCAUGGCACUGCAGAUGACAAUGUUCAUUGGCAACAAUCUAUGAUGCUUGCCAAAGCUUUGACAGAUGCAGGAGUGAUAUACCGCAUGCAGGUUUAUCCAGAUGAAAAUCAUGGACUUGGGCAUGUUAAAUUACAUCUUUACCAGACUAUGGAUGAUUUCUUAAAUCAUUGUUAUAAUGAAAACCUUAAAGAAGAUUCAUCAGUUUUACAAUCUGCAUCAUCUGAUUCUGACCGAUAAGUUUGGAAAUAGCAUCUCUUUUCCUGCCAAGGGCUUUCAUCGUCAUAUUUUGUACACAGUUCAUCAUUCAGUUAGGAUUCCAUCGUGUUGCUGUACACAAAUAGUGGCUUCAUUUGUGGUGCAUUAAGUAAUCAUAUUUUUAUUGUAAAAGUGAAAAACAUUUCCUUGAAUCAAACAUAUAUGUAAAUGUAGUUAGAUACAUUGCUGUGUACAAUUCUUCCCUAAUUCUGUGCAUAAGUUGCAGAUAAAUAUUAAAACAUUUUCAAAAAUAAAUGUUUCAAAAAUGCUGAUUAUAUACUGGUGUAUUGUCUUGAUAAAAUGCUGUUUGUAUUUGCAACCAUAAAUAUAAAAGUGCAAUGUGUUUUUACUAAGAAAAAAAUAUUACAUGGCUAUUUUUAAAGAAUAUAUUUCACUAUGAACAGAUAUGCACGCUAAAUGUGAACAUGUGGCUAAUCUUUUCAGUUUAAACUUUUCAAAUCUAAACUUUUCAGUUUAAAUUUGAAAAAUUUGUCUGCUUGGGACAUUUGCUUGGCAGGUUGUAAAAGCUGCCUACUCAGGAAACUGAGACACUUAACGUAUAAUUUUUUAAUAUUUUGUUUUAAACAUUUCAAUCUAACUUUUAAUUAGAGUCAUCUGGAGAAUUUAAAAUAUCAAUAAAAAGGAAUAGAAAUUUAAAUUUUUACACCAAGAAUAUAAGAUUUAUUCAGAUAAUUUCCAGUUAAAUUAGAUUAUAAUUCAACAUAUAUAUAUAUAUAUAUAUAUAUAUAUAUAUAUAUAUGCUGGUUCUCAGAAUGUAUUUAAAAGAGAGCUUUUAGAUAUUUUGUUUGUAUGACAUUUUUAAAAAUAUAUAAGAUUUUAUAGCAAUUUGAUUUGUUUGAUGUAAAAAUAAGUAAAAUACUAUUUUAUAUACCUAACCUCUGAUUUAGUCAUGCUUUAAUAAUCUCAAAUUUUCCUUGGUACGAUAAAUACUUCUCAUUGAAUUAUCUGUUCAAGUAAAUGUUCCACACUUGUGCAUUUGUCUUAUGAGCAAUUCAUAAUAAUACUAAAAAUAAAAUGAUUUUAAUAUCAUUAUCUUUUAUGACAGUAAUGAUAUAAAAAAAAUUUUCAACACUAAUUGAUAACCUAAAUUUAAAACUAAUUACUCUGAUUAUUCUUAUAAAAGUAGAUUCUUUCAUGUUAAUAUGCAUGUUUGAUGUGCUUUUUACUAAUGCUUGUUAAAUAACUAAAGGUUAUUUUUUAUAACAUUUAUAUGUUGAAGUGAUUUUUAACUUCUAUAUCCUGAUGGGUACUUAACAUUUUAUCAGCUUAGAUGAUAAAUUCAUUAACUGAUAUUUGCACGUUUUGUUUGGAAUAAUAGUUCUUGCAGUAAAAUAUGUUGUGGGUCAUUUUAAUUCUUAGGAUACUUUUUUCAUAGACGAUAAAAUGUUUAGUAAUCUUAGUUUUUGAUUUAAAAAUGGUUAAUUAUUUUUAUAAAUAUGUUGCAAAAUUUAUUGUCCUCAAUGAGUGUCUGUUCUAAAUUGAUAAUUUGCAGCUUUCAAAUUUGAAUCGACCAUUAUUAAAAUUAUAAAUGCAUCAUGCUGGUCAUAAAUAUUUUUUAUGAAUAUUUCAUUAUUUCUGCAUCAGUUACAUCUGUAGGUUCUUCAAGGAAAAAUUAAUUUUAUAUUUAUAAAAAUAUAAAAAUUCUAUUAUUAAACUUAAAUAAAUAUCUAUUUAGAAUAAAUUUAACACAUUUUUAUAGUUUUCUAUUUUUUUUAUUGUAUAUGAUUACUAUUAAGUUAAAAGUGUUAUUGAUAAAAAAAAUUUUGUGCUCUCCUAUUUCUGAAUUCAUGCAAUUUUUUUUCUUCUGAAAAUUUGGUGACGGAUAUAUAUGCACAUGUUUUAAAUAUUUUGUGUGCAAUAACUAACUAGUCUUAAGUAGGUACUGAUAUGCAGAAUUUGAUUAUAUUUUUAUGUUUGUGAUAUUAAGGUUUCAUUUCAUGUAGUUCUAUAUUCCUACAUUAAUAUAUAUAUAUAUAUAAUAUAUUUCUGGGACACAGUCAUGAUUACAAAUAUUUCAUAUACUGAUUUAAGAAAAAUUGAACAAAUAGAUUCGAUAUACAAAUUAAGUUUUUAAAUACAGUUCAUAUUUUUAAUCACUUCUUCAUCAGUUAACUAUUUGCUAAUAAUGAGUUCCUGUCCAUUAGGACUAAACGUUUUAGAAUUAUAUAUAUUUUGUAUUAAUUUUAUUAUUAUUUUUUUAGUUAAUUUUCUCAUACACAAUAAUAAAUAUUUGAUGUCGCACAUUAUUUGAUCUAUUCAGCGAUCAAUUUUUAAAAAAUUCUUAAAAUAAAUUAUGAUUAACCAAAUACCGUCAUGAAAGGAUAUAUGUUUUAGAAAUUUUUCUAAUCAAUGGAUACAUUUGCAAAGAAUACGUGAUUGAAUUUUAGUUAUAUAUGUAAAUUAUAAUUUUAAAUAAUGUAAAAAUUGAUUAAAUUGUAUUUUUAUAUGUAUAUUUCUUGAAGAACUCAAGGGAAACAUUAUCUUUGGAUGCUUUUAUUGUUAUGGUAAUAAUUAAACAUUUUAUUAAAAUUUAAUUAUCUUGUUACACAUUUAUUACAUGUUUUCCAAUAAUUUUAUGAAAAUAGAGUAUUGAUUACAAUUUAUAUUUUAAGUUCAAUUAAAUGGUGUAAGAUUGUUCUGUAAAUACUAUGUAAUUAUUGGAAUCUAGCAAUUUCUUUAUAUUUUUGUGAGAAGAAAUUAUAUGUUAUGUAAUUAAUUGUGAACAUUUUUUUAUAUAUUUAUAUUGCUCCUCAUAUAGUGUCAUUAUAAUAAUCAAGGAAGAUAAAUAUAUUAAAUAUGUGCAUUUUAUUCCCACUUGUUUGCUUAGUCACUUUUAUAAAAUGUAAAUGCACUAUGAAAUAAGAAUAUGGUGCUUAAGUAAAUAAUGAAACAAAUUUAGUUGUUUAAGUUUUCAUUUAUAGUUAUUUGGUACCUAAUGACAGUGCAUGAAAUUAAUUUUUAGGCAACUUAUGUAAUUCUAUAUCGUUUACAACAGGUAGUGCAAUGUAUAUUUCUUUUAUGUGAGUGUGCAAUUACUUAAUUGCUUUUUAAAAAUAUAUAGAUGUUGAAAUGGAUGUGCAAUUUUAUAAUCCUCAGAAAAAUUUAAAGUAUAGAUGUUUUGUUCCUUUGAGAGGGAGAAAAAUGUAUAUUCAUGUUAUCUGUCAAAAAGUAUGUAAAUAAAUCCCUUUUUGUGUACUUUAAA